AUGCAGCAUGAGGGCCAGACAGGCCUCAGGCCACACCAGGUCGCUGCCAAGGACGUCGGCCGCAUCGGCGCUGGCCUUGUUGGCGCGAAGUGCUCAGGACCAGAGCCCUUCGUACUACGCCUCAACAAGGCUUACCUUAAGUGGUAUAAGGAACAAGGAACCAUGGAGCCCGCUACGGCCGAUGUGGACACUUCGGCAUGGUCGCCGCGAGCGGCCCGAACUUCCGCGUCACCUGCUUCAAUGACGCCAGGCUUCGCCACCCCUCAAUCUUCAUUUGAAGUGGACUCGCCCUUUGCUUCGCCAGAGACCUCGUCCGUUUACGGCACUCCACUGCCGGCGCGGCUUGCCCCAACCGACCAGGCGCCCUCGCCACAAUCACCCGCUGUGGCCCAUCGAAAGAGAGGACGUCGAUUCGACAACGCAGGCCGAUUAUUGCCCAACAAGCCCUUCCUCGGUGAAGGCAAUGACUGCGGUGCAGUCAAGGAGGACACCCCCCAAACAGAGCUGAGCUGCGACCAAGAAGAAGAAGAGCGGAGCGGCCAUGGCCAGCGUGGAUCAAGGCUAGACCAGUAA